UUGUAUCACUAGGGACGCCAUAAGAACUCAAGUUUUAUAAACCUAUUUUACAUAGCUGGUGGUUCAGUGUGUGUAAACGCUCAAAAAUGCAGUGUUUUAUUCGCAAAUUGAUAACACACCGUUCCCAUCAAUGCCAUCAUCCCCACAGCAAGAUCUCUCACCGUAUCUUCAACACUCGUCCUCACAGUGCCUUCUCUUUUCCCAAACCUUCACAACCCCAACAACACCAAAGUAACCACAUUCCACCCUUUUUCCUCACUCACCCACUUCAUAGUUUUCAACCAUGUCGCUCAAUGUCCGCCAAAGUUCGCGCCUUUCUCUCCCAAUCAAUGAUCUCUGCGAAAAUCCUCCUACAUCGCAGUUAUGGGCUUCACAGAGUUCAUUUUCAUCGACAUAACUUCAAUUUCAACCGUAAUUAUGAUUUUAACCGGCGUGGUUGGAGAUCGUGGUUCGAUAGGCUAACACCUGAUGACAUGGUUCUGGGCUUGAUUAUAGCUAAUGCGGCUAUUUUUUUAUCAUGGAGGAUAGCAGAUGAAAAGUUUAUGAUAAAAAACUUUACUGUCUCUUUGGACAAUUUUCUGAGUGGACGUUUGCACACUUUGAUUACGAAUGCAUUCAGUCACGUAGAUACUUGGCAUAUGAUUUCCAACAUGGUUGGACUCUACUUCUUUGGAAUGAAUAUUGGAAGAAAUUUUGGACCUGAAUUUCUGCUGAAGCUGUAUCUUGCUGGGGCAGUUGGUGGCUCUAUUUUUUACUUAUUGCAUCAGACCUAUAAGGCACAAACAUCAAAGGACAAGAGACCCAUGAUCUUGUCAAAGGGAUUGGGGGCAAGUGGAGCUGUGAAUGCCGUUAUGCUGCUUGACAUUUUCCUCUUUCCGAAAGCUACCCUUUACUUUGACUUUUUUAUUCCAGUUCCUGCAGUCUUACUGGGCAUCUUUUUGAUUGGGAAAGAUAUGCUAAGGAUAAUAGAGGGAGACAGUACAAUAUCAGGAUCUGCACAUUUGGGGGGUGCUGCAGUUGCAGCCAUUGCUUGGGCAGGAGUUAGGAAAGGAAGAUUCUAUUAAAUCAUUUUGCAAACCCCAACAAAAAAAUUUAUUUAUUUAUUUAUUACUGUUCAAUGAAUUGUUGAUGUUAGCUAUCGUUAUGAAGUCAUUGGUUUAAACAUAGAUUACUAACAGUGGCACCGCACAUACAAAAAUCAGUUGUCUUUGUUUUCAGGUUUGAAUGAUAUAUUAUUGAUUUAAAUUUGCAUUC